ACGCUGGAGCUCUUCACAAAGGAAAAGCGACAAAGAGCAGUCGGUGGUCGGCGGGUUACUAGUCGCUGACACCAAACCCACUAAAGCAUUAUUUCGCAAGUUUUUUGAGAGUGAAUAUGUUAUUUUAGCAUCGAGAAUUUUUUUAGCUUUAUCAUUUUUGUCAUUAUUUGUACAAGGUAAAAUGAAUCCUUUAUCCUGUAUUUAAUAUGGCGUCAAAGAAGCGAUCGUAUGAAACCGAUGUUUAAAGAAACAAGUCUACGACUGUGAGACAAGUGAACCUCAAGUGAACAAACACAUCAAAAUCUGUUUGAAGCUUAAUGAUUAACGAGAUGGCAGGUAAAGAAACUCUUAAUAGUUUGUUGAAAUAUCGAUUCGUAAGACGAUCUUCAUCGAAAUCAAACCAUACCGACAGCUCCUCAAAUGACAGUUUAAGCAGUGGCCAGAUAAACGGAGAAUUUUCAGCAGACAGUUCAUCAUCUCGCUCACCUGUUACAUCUGUUUCACAAGAAACACUGCCUUCAGUAGAUGAAGGAGCUUUGUCCCCUGUGUUCAACAAGACCUGCACUCAACCACCUUCUUUACCAGAUGUACCUUCAAUUUCCUCGCCCUGGUUGUCCAAGUCAUAUGGAGUGGAAACAAAUGAAAGUCCUACUCAGAAAAGAAAAAUAAAAGGAACAUUCAGACGUGUCAAAGUUCACACCAGUUCUGAUUCUGACAGUGAUUCCCAGGUUGGAUCACACAUUCCUGCAGGAAGUGUAUCCAGUUGUGGAAAAAAGGCAUUAUGGGAAGAAAAACUUCGCACCAUGUUUCCAGCUGCAAGCUCAGUGCAGAUCUCAGCUGCUCUGUCUGCUGUCGUCAAGUGUGAGGAUAUAGAGCAAGGUGUCAACUAUCUCAAAGGUGUUGUUUUGAAGAGGAAGAAUGACCACACUGAUGAUGAGAGCUCUCUGAUGGCUGGCGGCAAAGCCAGCUACAAGCGCAUUCGAGUGAUGUCAUCCACAGAUAGUGAGGAUUCUCUGCAAGUGAUGGAACACUUGCAGCAUCGGUCACAGUCUCAAGAGCAAUGCAUAGAGUUUCUCCGUGAGGCUUUUCCUACACUUUCCAGUCAGCGAUUACGACAAGUUCUAGAGGACUGUAACUGGCAGACAGAUCAGGCAGCAGUUGUUUUGUCAAGGGAGGCAACAGAUUCUGUGAGGGAGCCACAUCUGACCUCAACAAAUGUCAUACGGUCAUCAAGUAGUCAAGAUUUACAAGAUGUUUUAGUUAUAUCUGAUGAUGAUGAUGAUGAUAACUAUCAUGAGGAAGAAGAAGAAGAUAGUGAUGACAGCAUGGAUGAAGACAAGAAUCAAAGCAAGAAAGACAUAAUUCUGUCAUUUUUUGAGGAAGCUACCAUGGCUGAGCUCUUGGUCUUACCUGGCUGUUCUCGCAAGAAAGCAGAAGCUAUUGUUGACUGCAGACCCUUCAAGACAUGGGACAAUCUGGUAGAACGGUUUACUAACUCCAAGGUUCUGUCAUAUGCUUUGGUUGGAGGCUGCAUGGAGAUAAUUCAGCUCCGAAAUGUUGUCCUCCGACUUAUGCGACAGUGUAAGCAGAUUUCUGAACAAGUGGAGCUGGUGGUGGCCAGACUGACUAGUCAUCUGGAGGGACCUCAUGAUGAGAAUGGCCAGAUUAUGACGCAGCCUUCUCUUCUCUGCACUAGCUUUGAGCUGAAGCCCUACCAGCUCAUCGGACUCAACUGGCUGCGCAUCAUGCAUUCUCAGCACUUGAAUGGUAUUCUGGCUGACGAAAUGGGGCUUGGUAAAACAAUCCAGGCUAUUGCUUUCCUCGCACACCUCUUGGAGGAGGGAGAAAAUGGCCCACACGUCAUCAUUGUUCCAUCGUCAACUAUAGAAAACUGGCUACGAGAGCUGUCUGCCUGGUGUCCAGAACUUCGUGUUAUUGUUUAUUAUGGCUCACAGGAAGAGCGGCGAGAGACACGACACUCUAUCAUGUAUGGUGGCAAUAAAGACUUCCAUGUCUUACUUACUACAUAUAACAUGGCCACAGGAGGCGUGGAAGAUCGCUCCCUGUUUAAGAAAUUCAGCUUCCACUACGCAGUAUUUGACGAAGGUCACAUGCUUAAAAACAUGUCCUCUCUUCGUUUCCAGAAUCUGAUGAAAAUUUCAGCAGAAAGAAGGUUGCUGCUGACUGGAACCCCACUACAAAAUAAUCUGUUGGAGCUGAUCUCUUUAUUGUGCUUUGUGAUGCCAGACAUUUUCCAGGGCAAAACUGAACCUCUCAAGAAAAUGUUUUCCAUGAUAUCGAGAGGUGACAGUGAGCAGGGAAAAUAUGAAAAAGAGCGAAUUGCCCAAGCCCAACGCAUCAUGAAGCCGUUCGUCUUGAGGCGGCUGAAGAAAGAUGUACUCACUCAGCUGCCCAAGAAGGAGGAAAGCAUAGAGUACUGCUCCUUAUUGCCAGAGCAGCAGGAACUAUAUGACAGCUUGUUGAGAAAGUUUUCAGAGCAGGUGGAAAAUGAUGGAACAGAAGCAGGAGGGGGUAUUGCCAUGUUCAUGCAACUACGAAAAGCGGCCAAUCAUCCACUUCUUCUCCGCAAUCACUAUACUGAGGAACGUUUAAAGAAAAUGGCUGAAGCUUUGGCAAAGGAGCCAUCACACCGGGAAAGAGGUGCACUACCCAAGCUCAUCAUGGAGGACAUGUCAGUGAUGAACGACUUUGACCUGCAGAGAUUGUGUCAACAAUACAAGAAACAUCUGGGUAAAUUUGAGCUACCUCCAAAGGUGAUUGGUGAGUCAGGCAAAUUCCAAGUUCUGGACAGACUACUGCAGACCAUGCAGAACCAGGGUGACCGUGUCCUGCUGUUCAGUCAGUUUACCAUGGUGCUAGAUGUAGUGGAAGUAUUCCUCAAGCAGAAACAAAUCACAUACAUACGCCUGGAUGGAAGCACACCUGUCACAGACAGACAACAACUGAUAGACCAGUUUACCGAAGAUCCUUCAAUUUUUAUCUUCUUGCUAUCCACACGGGCCGGUGGUCUUGGUAUUAACCUCACAGCAGCCAAUGUGAUUAUUUUGCAUGACAUUGAUUUCAAUCCUUACAAUGACAAACAGGCUGAAGAUCGCUGCCACCGACUUGGGCAAAAACGCUCAGUGAAGAUUGUGCGACUGAUUUCUAAAAACACCGUGGAAGAAGGCAUGUUGCGUGUGGCCCAAGCUAAGCUUCGCCUGGAGCAAGAUGUCACUGCAACCACAGAUGAGAACAGUGAGGCAGCAAUUGAUGUGGCCACUCUCCUUCAUGAAGCUAUUGACAAGGUGAAAGGUGGUCACACAGCCUACAGGAGACAGUCCCCUGGAGUCUUACCGCCAUCGUUGUCAUCAGCACAUAAAGCUUCAGCUAGUCUAGGAUGUUGAUUAUUAACUUUUCCCAGCAAAACCCAUCAAACCUCACUUUAUUGCUGUGGCAAGCUUUGACUGUCAGGAUUUUUUCUUUUGUGUGUGGUUUUUUUUUGUUUUUUUUUUUUUUGGGGGGGGGAGGGGGGUGGUGUCUUUGUUGUUUUGUUUCAAACAUUCUUCAACAGGUAAAAUUAGUUUUAGUAGCAGAUACUUUUCAUUGUAGAUUUUUUGAAUCAUGUGGUUCUAAUGCUGUUUAGUCCUACAUUUGCACCACCCAAACUAAUUUUUUAGCAGUUCGUACGUAGGCAUCUAGUGUGCAUUGGAAUAUGACUGUAUUGUGUACAGAGCUUUGGCAUAGGAUAUCAGUCUUGUUACAGCAGAUGUUUGCAGAUGGUGUGACGCACCUGCAUCAGGGAGAUGAAAGUAUGGGAAAGGUGAAGAUGAAGAGACUACCCAUGGAAUGAGCCUGCAUUAAGAUUUCAGUAACAGAUUGUGUCUGUUGUAGAAGUCAGUUAUCAUUUACAUGGCAUUUCUAGUGGUGGAUGUCCUGAUGACUCAAAUCACAUCUCCAGACUAGACUUUGUUCAAAAAUUUCACAGUCAGCAUUUUCAUAGAUGACAGGACGAAGAAGGCUUUUGCAACCUACAGUACUUGACCAAAGAUGAUCAGACCAAGACAGUUGCACUAGUAAGGUAUUAUGAAGGAGUAGUGCAGGUGAUGCCUUCUCCACAAUCUUGUAUUCUUGUGCACUUAGUUCAAGACAGAAUAUGUUCCUAUUCCUUUUGCAAAAAUUUUUCUUGAGUUCAUGAUCAGAAUGGUAACUUGCACUUUUCAGUGUGCAUUUUCCAUGAAGGAAUGAGAAAUCAUAAAAAUUGUUUUGUCUUUUAUAUAAGAAAAGAAAUAUUAGUAUAUGUACUGUGUAAAAUAGUAUUUGUCUUUUUUUUUUUUUUUGCUUUGCACACCAGCAGUAAUGAAUAGAAAACAAAAGAAACAUAAUUAUCUGGAUUUUGUUGUUUUGCUAAUAUAUGGGGAAUCACCUUCAGCUGGUUUUUUUUUUCCUCAAAUUGUGUUGGGAGCCCAAAGAUCCCAUAGUUAAGACCAGACAGCCUGAAAAUUAAAAAUUAAAGAUUUACA